GUCGGAGCGCGUGUCGCGCCGGACGGACGGAGCGGGCGCUUCGUGACGCCUCGGGUGCGUCCGGCGCCGCCGAAGUGGCCCGAGUCGGCCGAAGUCGGCCGCGGCUGCUCGUGGCGUUGAGGAGCGCGCCGCGCGGCGUCAGUGCUCCAGCGGACGCGGUCGCGCGCGUACACUUAACCCCGAUUUCCUUUUUAAUUCGCCACCGGGCCGGCGGAGGAGCGUCGUGCGAAGGAGCGACCAGUCCGGCGUGCGCGACGGGAGUGUCGCUCGUGUGUCAUUCGUGAGUGGCCGGUGAGUGUGAAAGCAAGUGCGACAAGUGCGAGUGAGAGGCGCCGGUGAUCGCGGGCGGUGUGUGAGAGCUGCGUGCCGUUUGCGGAAAAAGACGGGAUCGCGAGACGCGUCUCCUCCUCUUCCUCCGAGAGAGAGAGUUGCUCCGCGACAUUCCGAGCGUUCCCGACAUUCCACGCGCGCACCCAACGUGUCCCGGAGUGAAAGAAAGGCUUCGAUUUCGAGCCGCGCGUCGCGUUUCUCGCGAGUCUUGGAAUUGAAGGGGUUGGAAAAGUGAAAAACCGAGGGUGGAUCGACUCGCCGACGGCAGGCGCGAAACCGUGACUCUCGCUCCUCGUGACUCUCGUCAAUUAGCGCUCGUCGCUCCGGAGGGGAGCUCGCGCGGAGAAGCGGAGGCUCGCCGCGUGUGUGACGUACGCGCGCGCCCAUUGACGGGCAAACCUCGCGCGCACGCAUACGUCCGCCGGCGCGCCGGUGAAUUGACGAUUACGCGCGCAACGGAGUGACGUGGCAGCGCGUGCCGUUCGUCGCCAGUUUUUUUCCGUUUUUCAUUAAUCCGCCACGCUGGUGCCUACGCACGGGGUGCGUCGGCCAGACCAGCCCGUUCCCGUUCGCCGGGGUGCGCUUCGACACGGAGGAGUGCGCGCGCCGAUAAUCGACAGUUAUCGCCGUUGUCGUCGCGGCGCCCAGCUGGACGCGUCCGAGAUACGAUCGGGCGCUAAUCGUCGCGCUCCAGUUUCAGCGCGGAUACGCGAGCGCGAGAUCGCGCCGGCCAGCAAUCGGGAACGCGCGCGCCCGCCGACGCCCGCCUUUCGCCGGCUCGCCCGCGCCGGGACAUGCAACAGCUCCGCGUGACCUUUUGAGACGCGAUCCGCGCGGUCUUCCGGAGUCGCGCCGCUCCGAAGUUGGAAUCCGCACGCGAAGCCCCCCUGGGGGAUCGCCGUUCGCGUGCCGUCGCGAGAGAAGCGGAGCGGAAGAGAGUAGAAGCCGACGUCGCCGCGCACGAGACGCGAUACCUCGCGUGACGGCGAGUGUACGGAGCGCGUGCCGGGACUGUGAGGAUUAGCGAGAGGCUGCUUAGGGGGUCGUCGUUUACGCGGGCUCGCGGAUUCUAGGGAGGAGCGCGGUGCACCGAGCGCGCUCGAGCUCUCGCCCCGAGUUGGAUACCUGGAUGUCUCAUCUUACCGAACCUUAUGCUGCCCAUCGUUCUGUGAUAAAACCUGUGAUAUUACGAGUUUUCCCGGGAUCGACGAGAGAACCUUCUUCGGAAAUCGUUGCUGAUAACCGCGAGGCCUAAUCGGCUUAAUUUCGUCGGAUAAGUUAUUUCCAAGCAACAAACUGAAAAAGCCUAUUGUAAGGACUUGGAACCAAAAUCGCAUACUUACUUGCCACCGUGCUCGAAUUACGUUUAACAGGUGGUUGACAACUCUGCCAAUACGAGCGCAAUCCAGUCCGAGACUCCAGGCGGCUGGUCGAGCUGCGGCAAGUGUCUAGACGACAUGAGGCUCAUGCAAAGAUUAGCGAUCAGCGGACUGCUGUCCGUGAUCCUGAUCCUUCUCAUAACCGGGACAUUUAUAACACGGCGCGAUCUCGCGAGUGUCGUCGAUCGGGGUGUCGCGCCGGAAGAGCGUAGCGAACAGUUGAAUCCAGCCUGGGUGCAGGACAACGUGGUUCCUGGGCAGGACGAGCCUGCAAUCGAUGAUAAAGAUAAAAAUAAAGAUAAGGACAAAGAUCGACGUUUAGAUAUCAGACAUAAACAAUUCGAGCCUUCGGUGGUCGAAGCGCCGGCCGCGUCUGUUCCUGACAUUUACGUUAUUAGACCGCCUAAUCCACCUCUGGAUGAUGUAACGAACCAGCGCCGUGAAAAAGUUAAAGAGAUGAUGAAGCAUGGCUGGGACAACUACGUGCGUUAUGCAUGGGGGAAAAACGAAUUAAGACCAAUCUCGAAGAGAGGUCACAGUGCCAGUAUCUUCGGGGCGUCGAAUAUGGGUGCGACUAUCGUCGAUGGACUUGACUCUCUUUAUAUCAUGGGUCUACACGACGAGUUUAAGCAAGGGCGCGACUGGAUUGCUGAGAAUCUGGACUUUGAUAUCUUCUUUCAACUAGUGUCACUCCCAGAUCAUUCCAAGAACGCAUUUGUUACCUUUUUGUUAAUAUUUGGUUUUACUAUUUAUUUGUUCUGCUCGAAUUACUUAGGACAAGCAGUAAUGAACAGUGGAAUAGACUUAUUCGACGCUGUUUAUAAUGGAUUAUGGUAUGCAGCACCAUUGUCUCAACAGAAAAUGUUACUAUUUGUAAUGCAAAGAGGAAAAGCACACCUUACCUUUACAUGUUUUGGCGUAUUUGUUGCAUCAUUGGAUGGUUUUGUUACGGUAAAAUUAAACUUUCUUAACAAAGAAGAAAAUCAACCUAUUAACGUUUAUUUAAACUAUUAAUGUAUAUGUAUAAUAAUGUUUACUUUUCAGCUGGCGAGUACAGUAAUCUCCUAUUUUAUGGUAAUUUAUACUACGCAACAUCAAUAAACCAGAAAGAAAAGUGAUUUGUUAGUUGGACUUUAUAUCAAAUUAACAUAAUUAUUUAACAAAUAUGCUAAAAAUAUGUAUUGAAUAUAUUGAAUAUAUGCUAGUUAUAUGCAAAGUGCAUAUGUUUGACUCGUUAAUAAACUGUAUUAAUGUAAAUAAAUCUUUAAAGAUAAAAA